CCCGGGGAGAGAGGCGCGCGGGGCCCGGGGUCCGCCGUCCUGUGCGCCAUGGCGCGCCGGCCCGCAGCCGCCUAGCGCGCGGUCCCCCGACCCCGGCAUGGAGCCGCACGUGCUCGGCGCCGUCCUCUACUGGCUCCUGCUGCCCUGCGCGCUGCUGGCCGCCUGCCUGUUCCGCAUCAACGCACUCUCUCUGGUCUACCUGCUGUCACUGCUGCUGCUGCCCUGGCUCCCGGGCCCCACCCGGCACGGUGUCCCAGGUCACACUGGCCGCCUGCUCCGGGCCCUGCUGUGCCUCAGCCUGCUCUUCCUGGUGGCCCACCUCACCUUCCAAAUAUGCCUGCACACCGUGCCCCGCCUGGACCAGCUUCUCAGGCCAAACUGCAGCCACUGGGAGACCUUCUUCCAACAUGUAGGGGUCACAAGGCUGGACCUGAAGGACAUCCCCAACACCAUCCGGCUGGUGGCCCCCGACCUGGGCAUCCUGGUGGUCUCCUCUGUCUGCCUCGGCCUCUGCAAGCACCUCACACGGAAAGCCCAGCAGAGCCAGCGUGCCCAAGAGCUGGAUGAUGACGAGAGGGACGUGGACAACAACACCCUGGAAGAGCUGCAGGGAGUUCCUACACUGGCCCCUACUCGGAGGUCACGGCUGGCCACCCGAUUCCGGGUCACAGCCCACUGGCUGCUGGUGGCUGCUGGGCGGACGCUGGCUGUAGUGCUGCUCGCACUGGCAGGCAUCGCCCACCCCUCGGCCUCAUCCAGCGUCUACCUGCUGGCCUUCCUGGCCAUCUGCACCUGGUGGGCCUGCCACUUUCCCAUCAGCUCCCUGGGCUUCAGCGCUCUCUGCGCCAUGGUGAGCUGCUUUGGCGCUGGGCAUCUCCUCUGCCUCUACUGCUACCAGACACCCUUCGCCCAGGCCAUGCUCCCACCUGCCAGCAUCUGGGCCAGGGUGUUUGGUCUCAAAGACUUCGUGGGCCCCCCCAACUGCUCCAGCCCCAACGCACUGGUGCUCAAUGCCAGCCACGACUGGCCGAUCUACGUGAGUCCCGGCGUGCUGCUGCUGCUGUACUACACGGCGACCUCCCUGCUGAAGCUUCGCAGGCACCACCCCACAGGCCAGAGGAAGGAGGAGGCUGUAGGGGAUGAGGAACGCGAACUGGAGCUGGACGAGCUGGACCAGCAGCCCCAGGGCCAGGCGGGGGCUGCUGUUGCCCAGGACAGGGGUGCCGCCCAGCCCGUGACGCCCAUGGGGCCAGGUGCUGAGGCCGACAACUGCAUCGUGCACGACCUGAGCGGCCGGACCCCCACCCAGCAGCACCCCUUGCAUCCCAGGCUGACUGAGCCUCGAGAGACGUCCCCAAUGCAGAGCCUGGGCCACCUCAUCAUGGACCAGAGCUACGUGUGUGCCCUCAUCGCCAUGAUGGUGUGGAGUAUCACCUACCACAGCUGGCUGACCUUCGUGCUGCUGCUGUGGGCCUGCCUCAUCUGGACAGUGCGCAGCCGCCACCAGCUGGCCAUGCUCUGCUCGCCCUUCAUCCUCCUCUACGGGCUGGUGCUGUGCUGCCUGCGCUAUGUGUGGGCCAUGGACCUGCGCCCCGAGCUGCCCACCACACUGGGCCCUGUCAGCCUGCGCCAGCUGGGGCUGGAGCACUCCCGCUACCCUUGCCUGGACCUUGGUGCCAUGUUGCUCUACACUCUGACCUUCUGGCUCCUGCUGCGCCAGUUUGUCAAAGAGAAGCUGCUGAAGAAGGCGAAGGCCCCUGCUGUACUGACGGAGGUCACCGUGGAGGACACAGAGCCCACGCGGGCGCGGACGCUGCUCCGGAGCCUAGGGGAGCUGGUCAAGGGCAUCUACGCCAAAUACUGGAUCUUCGUGUGCGCCGGCAUGUUCAUCGUCGUGAGCUUUGCCGGCCGCCUCGUCGUCUACAAGAUCGUCUACAUGCUCCUCUUCCUGCUCUGCCUCAGCCUCUUCCAGGUCUACUACAGCCUGUGGCGGAAGCUCCUCAAGGUGUUCUGGUGGCUCGUGGUGGCUUACACCAUGCUGGUGCUCAUCGCCGUCUACACCUUCCAGUUCCAGGACUUCCCCAUGUACUGGCGCAACCUCACCGGCUUCACCAACGAGCAGCUGGGCGACCUGGGCCUGGAGCAGUUCAGUGUGUCCGAGCUCUUCUCGAGCAUCCUCAUCCCCGGCUUCUUCCUGCUGUCCUGCAUCCUGCAGCUGCACUACUUCCACCGGCCCUUCAUGCAGCUCACAGACCUGGAGCACGUGCCCCCAGCCCACAGCCGCCGCCUGGGCUGGACUCACAGGCAGGACGCAGCAAGCGUGGCUCCGCUGCUGCAGCAGGAGCAGGAGGUCCCCGGGGAUCAGGAGCUGGGCACAGCUGGCCCCUACCAGGACACACAGGUCCCCGAAGGCACAGCCAGCAAGUGGGGCCUGGUGGCCGAGCGGCUGCUGGACCUGGCUGCCGGCUUCUCAGCCGUCCUCACCCACGUGCAGGUGCUGCUGCGGCGCCUGCUGGAGCUGCACGUCUUCAAGCUGGUGGCCCUGUAUACCGUCUGGGUGGCGCUGAAGGAGGUGUCGGCGAUGAACCUCCUGCUCGUGGCGCUCUGGGCCUUCGCCCUGCCCUACCCCCGCUUCCGGCCCAUGGCCUCCUGCCUGUCCACCGUGUGGACCUGCAUCAUCAUUGUGUGCAAGAUGCUGUACCAGCUCAAUAUUGUCAACCCCCACGAGUACUCCAGCAACUGCUCCCAGCCCUUCCCCAACAACACCAACCUGCAGAUGACAGAGAUCCACCAGUCCCUGCUGUACCGGGGGCCCGUCGACCCCGCCAACUGGUUUGGGGUGCGGAAGGGCUAUCCCAAUCUGGGCUACAUCCAGAACCACCUGCAGGUGCUGCUGCUGCUGGUAUUUGAGGCUGUGGUGUACCGGCGCCAAGAGCACUACCGCCGGCAGCACCAGCUGGCCCCCCUGCCCGCCCAGGCUGUCUUCACUGACGGCACCCGCCAGCAGCUCGACCAGGACCUGCUCAGCUGCUUCAAGUACUUUGUCAACUUCUUCUUCUACAAGUUCGGGCUGGAGAUCUGCUUCCUGAUGGCCGUGAACGUGAUUGGGCAGCGCAUGAACUUCAUGGUCAUCCUGCAUGGCUGCUGGCUGGUGGCCAUCCUCACCCGCCGGCGCCGUGGGGCCAUCGCCCGCCUCUGGCCCAACUACUGUCUCUUCCUCACACUCUUCCUGCUGUACCAGUACCUGCUGUGCCUGGGCAUCCCGCCAGCGCUGUGCAUCGACUACCCAUGGCGCUGGAGCCAGGCCAUCCCCAUGAACUCUGCACUCAUCAAAUGGCUGUACCUACCCGACUUCUUCAGGGCCCCCAACUCCACCAACCUCAUCAGUGACUUCCUCCUGCUGCUCUGCGCUUCCCAGCAGUGGCAGGUGUUUUCAGCCGAGCGUACCGAGGAGUGGCAGCGCAUGGCCGGUGUCAACACUGACCACCUGGAGCCACUGCGGGGGGAGCCCAACCCCGUGCCCAAUUUCAUCCACUGCAGGUCCUACCUCGACAUGGUGAAGGUGGCUGUCUUCCGCUACCUGUUUUGGCUGGUGCUGGUAGUGGUGUUCGUCACAGGAGCCACCCGCGUCAGCGUCUUUGGGCUGGGCUACCUACUGGCCUGCUUCUAUCUGCUGCUGUUUGGCACUGCACUGCUGCAGAAGGACACACGUGCCCGCCUGGUGCUGUGGGACUGUCUCAUCCUGUACAACGUCACCGUCAUCAUCUCCAAGAACAUGCUCUCGCUCCUGUCCUGCGUCUUUGUGGAGCAGAUGCAGAGCAGCUUCUGCUGGGUCAUCCAGCUCUUCAGCCUCGUGUGCACCGUCAAAGGCUACUACAACCCCAAGGAAAUGAUGGGCAGGGACCAGGACUGCCUGCUGCCCGUGGAGGAGGCCGGUGUCAUCUGGGACAGCAUCUGCUUCUUCUUCCUGCUGCUGCAGCGUCGGGUAUUUCUCAGCUACUACUUUCUUCAUGUCAGGGUUGACCUCCAGGCCACUGCCUUACAGGCCUCCAGGGGCUUUGCCCUCUACAACGCUGCCAACCUCAAAAGCAUCGAGUCCCACCGCAAGGCAGAGGAGAAAUCCCUGGCUCAGCUGAAGAGACAGAUGGAGCGCAUCCGCGCCAAGCAGGAGAAGUACAGGCAGGGCCAGGCAGGCCGUGGCCGCCACCAGGACCCCGAGGACCCCAGCCAGGAGCCAGGGCCCGGCAGUCCAGGGGGCUCCUCCCCGCCACGGCGACAGUGGUGGCGGCCCUGGCUUGACCAUGCCACAGUCAUCCACUCCGGGGACUACUUCCUGUUUGAGUCAGACAGCGAGGAGGAGGAGGCCCCGCCAGAGGACCCCAGGCCGUCUGCACAGAGUGCCUUCCAGAUAGCAUACCAGGCAUGGGUGACCAACGCCCAGACGGUGUUGAGGCAGCGGCAGCAGGAGCAGGCACAGCAGGAGCAGGCAGGGCAGAUGCCCACUGGAGACAGCUCAAUCCAGGAGGUGGAGUUGGAGUUGGAGAACGAGGUGGCAGGCCGCAGCCAUGUGAUGCAACGGGUGCUGAGCAUGGUGCAGUUACUGUGGGUGCUGGGGCAGGCGCUGGUAGACGGGCUGACACGUUGGCUGCAGGCCUUCACCAGGCACCACAGCACCAUGAGCGACGUGCUGCGUGCUGAGCGCUACCUCCUGACGCAGGAGCUGCUGCAGAGCGGAGAGGUGCAUCCAGGCGUGUUGGACCAGCUGUAUACCAGCGCAGGCGAGGCCACGCUGCCAGGCCCCUCAGAGGCCCGUGAUGCACCGAGCACAGCAUCAAGUGGGCUGGGGGCCGAGGAGCCACUGAGCAGCAUGACCGAGGACACCAGCAGCCCCCUGAGCACUGGCUACAACACCCGCAGCGGCAGCGAGGAAAUCGUCACUGAGCCUGAGCCCAGGGACCCUGAGGCUGGGGCUUCCCUUCGCGGCUCCCAGGAGCUUCUGGCCGGUGUUCGUACCCAGAUGCGCACAGCCAGUGAGCUGCUGCUCAACAGGCGCCUGCGCAUCCCAGAGCUGGAGGAGGCUGAGCAGUUUGCAGAGGGGCAGGGCCGGGCGCUGCGGCUGCUGCAGGCCGUGUACCAGUGCGUGGCUGCGCACUCGGAGCUGCUUUGCUACUUCAUCAUCAUCCUCAACCACAUGGUCACGGCCUCAGCCACCUCCUUGGUGCUGCCCGUGCUUGUCUUCCUGUGGGCCAUGCUGUCCAUCCCGCGGCCCAGCAAGCGCUUCUGGAUGACGGCCAUCGUCUUCACCGAGGUCACGGUGGUCACCAAGUACCUGUUCCAGUUUGGCUUCUUCCCCUGGAACAGCCACGUGGUGCUGAGGCGCUACGAGAACAAGCCCUACUUCCCGCCACGCAUCCUGGGCCUGGAGAAGACUGACGGCUAUAUCCACUAUGACCUGGUACAGCUCAUGGCCCUUUUCUUCCAUCGUUCCCAGCUGCUGUGCUACGGCCUCUGGGACCAUGAGGAGGACCCGCUGUCCAGAGAGCAGGACCGGAGGAGCAGGAAGGAGCAGGGCACUGAGGAGAAGCUGGUGGCCCCACUGGGACCCCAGACUGAGGCAGACACAGGGCCCCAGGAGGAGCCAGGGCUGGCUGGGGCCACCACCAAGGACCACAUCCAGGUGGAAGCCGGGGUCGGACCUAAGAAUGGGAUCCCAGAGCCCCAAGUGGUGCCGAAGACCCGCGACACGAGGCGCAUCAACCUACGUUUCAGGAGGAGGAAGGACAGCCCAGAACCCAAAGAACCGGCAGCUGUCGAAGCUGAGGACAGGGAGGAGGAGGAGGAGGAGGAGGAGGAGGAGGCGGCUGGGAGAGAGAAGAGGCCAGGCCACUGUCGAGAACGAGUGCGAGCAGCUGGGCUCUGGCUGCAGGGCUUCUGCCUGUCGCUGGCCCAGGGUGUGUACCAGCCACUGCGGCGUUUCUUCCACGACAUUCUCCACACCAAGUGCCGUGCAGCCACCGAUGUCUAUGCCCUCAUGUUCCUGGCUGAUGUCGUCGACUUCAUCAUCAUUGUUUUUGGCUUCUGGGCCUUUGGGAAGCACUCGGCAGCCACGGACAUCACGUCCUCCCUAUCGGACGACCAGGUGCCCGAGGCCUUCCUGGUCAUGCUGCUGAUCCAGUUCAGCACCAUGGUCAUCGACCGCGCCCUCUACCUGCGCAAGACUGUGCUGGGCAAGCUGGCCUUUCAGGUGGUCCUGGUGCUUGCCAUCCACCUUUGGAUGUUCUUCAUCCUGCCCGCUGUCACCGAGAGGAUGUUCAACCAGAACGCAGUGGCCCAGCUGUGGUACUUCGUCAAGUGCAUCUACUUCGCCCUGUCCGCUUACCAGAUCCGCUGUGGCUACCCCACCCGCAUCCUCGGCAACUUCCUCACCAAGAAGUACAAUCACCUGAACCUCUUCCUCUUCCAGGGGUUCCGGCUGGUGCCAUUCCUGGUGGAGCUGCGGGCAGUGAUGGACUGGGUAUGGACAGACACCACACUGUCCCUGUCCAACUGGAUGUGCGUGGAGGACAUCUAUGCCAACAUCUUCAUCAUCAAGUGCAGCCGAGAGACAGAGAAGAGAUACCCACAGCCCAAGGGGCAGAAGAAGAAGAAGGUCGUCAAGUAUGGCAUGGGCGGUCUCAUCAUCCUCUUCCUCAUUGCCAUCAUCUGGUUCCCGCUGCUCUUCAUGUCUCUGGUGCGCUCAGUGGUUGGCGUUGUCAACCAGCCCAUUGACGUCACCGUCACCCUCAAGCUGGGUGGCUACGAGCCCCUGUUCACCAUGAGCGCACAGCAGCCAUCCAUCGUGCCCUUCACACCCCAGGCCUACGAGGAGCUGUCCAGGCAGUUUGACUCCCACCCGCUGGCCAUGCAGUUCAUCAGCCAGUACAGCCCUGAGGACAUCGUCACAGCACGCAUAGAGGGCAGCUCUGGGGCACUGUGGCGCAUCAGCCCACCAAGCCGGGCCCAGAUGAAGCGGGAGCUAUACAACGGCACGGCUGACAUCACCCUGCGCUUCACCUGGAACUUUCAGAGGGACCUGGCCAAGGGCGGCACCGUGGAGUACACUAAUGAGAAGCACACCCUGGACCUGGCUCCCAAUAGCACUGAGCGGUGGCAACUGGCCAGCCUGCUCGAGGGCACCUCAGACCAGUCAGUGGUCAUCCCCAACCUCUUCCCCAAGUACAUCCGUGCCCCAAAUGGGCCUGAGGCCAACCCUGUGAAGCAGCUGCAGCCCAAUGAGGAAGCUGACUACCUGGGUGUGCGCAUCCAGCUGCGGAGGGAGCGUGUGGGCACGGGGGCUGCUGGCUUCCUUGAGUGGUGGGUCAUUGAGCUGCAGGACUGCCAGGCUGACUGCAACCUGCUGCCCAUGGUCAUCUUCAGCGACAAGGUCAGCCCGCCCAGCCUUGGCUUCUUGGCUGGCUACGGGAUCAUGGGGCUGUAUGUGUCCAUUGUGCUUGUCAUCGGCAAGUUCGUGCGUGGCUUCUUCAGUGAGAUCUCGCACUCCAUCAUGUUUGAGGAGCUGCCCUGCGUGGAUCGCAUCCUCAAGCUGUGCCAGGACAUCUUCCUGGUGCGGGAGACCCGCGAGCUGGAGCUGGAGGAGGAGCUGUACGCCAAGCUCAUCUUCCUGUACCGCUCACCAGAGACCAUGAUCAAGUGGACUCGUGAGAAGGAGUAGGAGCUGGGCUCCUGGCGUACAGUGAAUGAAGGAGCCGGCCUGGCUAGGGAAACGUGGCUGCAUGGGCUGGGUGACGCUCCUCAGGCCGGGAGAACAGCAGCCCCAGUCCCAGGCCACCAGCUGUGACAUGCCCUCUUGGCCCACCUGAGCCUGAUGCUGCUGUCCCCUCCUGUUGCCCUUGCGGGCCCAGGGCUGGCCCUCCCUGCCCCAUGCGUACUGUAGAGUUUUCUAAUUAAAAACAUUUUUAUUUAU